UUCAAUAUUUCAUUAAAGUAGAUGUUUUUUUCACUAAUUGUUUCAAAUUAAAUAUUUUCGAAUUUUUUCACUUGUUUAACAAUGACUACACAAAUUGGAAGAAUUUCAGAAAGAAAUGACAAAUGUCAAGAAACAAACGUACGAUCAAUAUUUUACAAAAAGCCGAUUAAAAAAAAUAACUACAAACUAGAGGCCGAUUAUGAUGAUUCUCCCCAAGAAAUUCGUAGACAAAAAUUACUACAGCAUCAAAAAGAAAGCAGAGAUGCUUUUGUUAAUGCUGCUAGAAAAUUAUUGGACGAAGCACUUUUAUCACCCGAUGAAAGCGAUGAAUCGAUGGAGAUUGACGUAAAAAGGCAGUAUUCCAGAAGAUAUAGGCACUACGCUAAUAAAUUAAUGAUGUCUGAGUGGAUGCUUGAUGUACCUGAAGAUUUUUUAGAAAAGUGGUCUAUGGUUGCUUGUCCUCAGGGUAAACGAAAUUUAAUUGUCGCUUGUAAGGGAAGCACAAAAGCAUUUAAUAGACGAGGAGAAAGACUAGCAGAGUUUAAUUCAGCACUUCCAGGAGGUAACUCCAAUGAACAUAAUAGGAACUGUACUAUUUUGGAUUGUAUAUGGGUAGCAAAGCAUCAAACCUACUAUGUUUUAGACGUAUUAACAUGGUCUACACAACCAUUGCUGAACUGUGAUGCAGAAUUUCGACGAUUUUGGUUGGAUUCUAAAUUGAAAGAGAUAACGGAACUAAAGAUGCGUGAUCAAAAUAAAAAUAAUUAUCCAUUCCUAUCUUUACCAAACAUUCGUUGUGAUGAAAAUUUGACUGAUUUUUUGUUAGAUUUACCAUCAACUCCACCAUUGGAUGGUUUAUUAUUUUAUCAUAGAGAAGGUAUAUACAUGCAUGGAACAACUCCACUAGUCACUUGGUUGAAACCUUUCAUGUUAUCCGAAGUAUUAGGGCUUUCAUUGCCUUCAACACUAGAUGAUAAACCAGAUGGAUAUGUUGAUUAUAGACAUCAUAUUUUAGCACGAAAAAAAAACAAAAAGACAAUGUCAAACUCCAUGGAAAUAACGGAGUCAGAAGUUAAAGAUGAAUAACAUCUUUGUGUAUUUAUGAAUUAAUUUAAUUUUUUGAACCAUAUUUUGUAUGUAUAUAUAUAUAUUAGAAAUUUUAAUAAUUUAUUAUUUUAUAUUACUAAAUUUUUUUUAAAAUAUUAAUUGGAAAUAUUACUAUUUCUAGAUACAUCACAAUUCAAUAAAUGUAAUAGUUCAGUUGCUUUUUCGUUAAAAAAUAAGAGUACUUUAUUUAGAACUUGUGAUGUUGAAGCCUUCAUCUGAAAUAAUAUCAUUGUAUUAAUAUUCAGAUAAAUAACAAAUGUUCAAUAAUAAAUAACUUACCCUAUUUUCGGCAAUCGU